UUAAUUAUUUUGUUGAAAAAAUUUCAAUUAAUUUUGCUGAAAAAUUUCAAGUAAUUUUGCUGAAAAAUUUUCAAUUAAUUUUUGCUGAAAAAUUUCAAUUAUUUUGCUGCUAAAAAUAUGCUCUUUAAUAUCUUUAUGCUGAAACAUUGAAUUGCUUGUUGGAUAGAAUUAGAUGUCGAAGUCGAGUGAAAGCAAAAAAGGUCCGGCAUGGGAAUAUGCACGGAUGGUAAAUCCCUAAUACCUUUCAAAGUUCAUUUGUAACUUUUGCGACAAAGAAAUGAAUGGCGGCGUUUACCGAGUCAAGCAACAUCUUGCUGGUGGUUAUAAAAAUGUUGUUGCUUGUAAAAAAUGUCCAUCUCAUGUCAAAAAUGAGAUUAAAGACUAUAUGUCUCAAAAAAGUCAAUCAAAGGUUCAAUUGAGAAUGGUUCCUUAUUUUGAUGAGAUGGAUAAUGAUGAAGAUGAUGAUGAUGAAAUUCUUGAGAUAAAUCAAUAUGGUAAAAGGCCUGUUUCUACUCAAGGUUCUACCCAUCGAGAACAAGGAAGUAACUCCUCCAAAUCUGUUGCUUCCAAACAACCAAAGCAAAAGGGACCCAUGGAUGUGUACUUCACCCCUGAUCCGGAAGUUGCGGUGUAAAAUCGUAAAGCCAAGGGAAAGCAAACAAGAAUUAAUGAUAAUGAUCCUAGCAACAAGGUGUUGAGAGAUCGGGCUCUUGUUUGGUUUUCGAGGUGGAUGUAUGAUACGGGUAUACCUUUCAAUGUUGUGAACUACAAUAGUUUUGGGCCAAUGCUUGAAGCUUUUGGGCAAUAUGGUCCUGGCAUGAAACCACCAAGCUACCACGAGGUGCGAGUUCCUUAUUUGCAGAAAAAGGUAGACCACACAAAUAAGACCAUGGAGGAUCAUAAAAAGAUUGAGUAACAUAUGGAUGCUCUUUAAUGGCCGAUGGGUGGAAGGACAAAAGAAACAGGGCAUUAAUUAAUUUUUUGGUUAAUUGCCCAAGAGGAUCAAUGUUUAUUGAAUCUGUUGAUGCUUCUAGCUUAUCCAAAGAUGCAAAUAAGAUGUUUGAAUUGCUUGACAACUUUGUGGAGCGUAUUGGUGAAGCCAACGUGGUUCAAGUUGUUACAGAUAGUGCCUCAGCAAAUGUGUUGGUAGGGAAGUUUUUGGAGGCAAAGCGGCCACAAUUGUAUUGGACACCAUGUGCAGCUCAUUGCUUGGACUUGAUGUUGGAGGACGUUUUCAAAAUUCCCAACUUCAACAAGACAUUUGAAAAGGCAAUUGCGGUGCAUGGUUAUAUUGUGAACUGCUCUAGUUUGUUGAAUAUGAGGAGGCAAUUUACCCAGUGCAAGGAUUUGAUCAAGCUAGCAAAAAAAAACUCGACUUGCAACUGCUUUUCUAACUUUAUCAAGGAUUCAUCAACAACAAACUAACUUGAAGAAGAUGUUCACUUCAGAGGAAUGGACCACAAGCAAAUGGGCAAAGGAACCUCAGGGUAAAAAGACAGCAAAAGUCAUAUUAAUGCCUUCUUUUUGGAACACUGUUCUUUAUGCUCUCAAAAUAUCAAGUCCUCUUGUUCGUGUACUGCGAUUGGUUGAUGGUGAGAGAAAGCCUCCCAUGGGAUAUAUUUAUGAGGCAAUGGAUAGGGCUAAAGAAGCCAUGCAAAAUCAUUUAAUGGAAAUGAAGAGAAGUACAAGGAGUUUUUUGAAAUAAUUGACAAUAGAUGGAAUGUUCAAUUGCAUAGGCCUUUGCAUGCAGCUGGGUAUUAUUUAAACCCAAAGUAUUUUUACGCAAAUCCUAAUAUUGAGAAAGAUAAGGAAGUCAUGUCAGGCCUGUAUAAAUGCAUACAAAGUUUGGUCCCAAACAAUGAGACAUAAGAUAAAGUUUGCGCAGAGUUGACUACCUAUAAGAAAGCUGAAGGUCUCUUUGGGAUGGCUUUGGCCAUUAGACAAAGAACUACAAGGGCACCAAGUGAUCUAUAUUUUAUACUUAGGUAAUUUUGGUUAGUUAUAAUCAACAGCUGAUUGGUGGAGUGCAUAUGGUUCUGAAAGGCCAAAUUUGCAAACAUUCGUCAUCAAAAUUCUUAGUCUAACUUGUGGCUCAUCUGGAUGUGAGCAGAAUUGGAGUGUGUUUGAACAUGUGAACACCUAUUUUUAACUAUAGUGAAUAUGAAUACCAAUAAAUUUAUUAAUACCUAGAUAAAAAUUUUAAUAUUUUUAUUUGGUUUGAAUUUUUGCAGAUUCACACCAAAAAGAGAAAUAGGUUAGCUCAAAAACGUCUGAAUGAUUUGGUAUUUGUCAAGUAUAAUAGAGCAUUGAGAUGUCGAUACAAUUCCCGUGACACUAUUGAUCCCAUUGCUUUGACGGAUAUUGAUGAAAGUAACGAGUGGUUGGUUGGGAGGAUGGAGGAGGAACUUGUCUUUGAGGAUGAUACUUUGACAUGGGAUGAUGUUGCUAGAACUGCUGGAGUUGAGGAAAGUAGCCAAAGAACUAGAUCAACAAGGGCAAUUGAAAGGGGUUGUUCAACUUCAAAAUCUAGACCUAGAUUGCAACUUAUUGAUGAGGAAGAGUCAAUUUCAGAUGGGGGAGAGGAAGAAGAUGCAGAGGGAUAUGCUGAAGCCAAUGAUAAUGAAUAAGAAGUUCAUUUGCUUGAUGUUGAAGAUGAUUUUUAGAACUUUUGGAUGGGUGAAUUGUAUUUGUCAUUGUUGG